AUGUACAUUUAUCCUAUUUUUUGCCCAAACUUUCCUAAUCCUUCUCUAGGCCAUUGGACCUUAAGAGGUCGCAAAGAUCCCGACAAUGUUAUCACUGAUUUAAACAGUUGUCUCUUUUCGGUGAUCGGCUUUCAAAUUGGGCAGGAUCCAUUAAAACUUCGUAAAUGGACGGUGCUACAACUGAAAAACAACUUUCAGAAUUUGGCCAAAUGGAUAAACAAGGUCAAGUUGGAGAGAAACGACAAGAUGAUCUUGAUGAUUGGCGGGGCUCGAUACAGAGGUACAGAGCCUGCCCAUGCUAAAGCGAUCCUGGACAGAUCAGAAAACAGAGAAAGUAAUUACUACAAAAAAGGUUAUCCGGUUAAAGGUCAUGCUAGAGGACACUCCAUGAAGAUCUAUUCAGAGGAUGAUCCUUAUCAAACAGUCGAGCAAUAUGCUAGACAGUAUUCUAAAGACAAAGCUGGUUUCCUAUCACGAGCUGAUCAAGACUUUGUCGCUGAUUUGGCAUUGCGAACAGAAGAAGCUCAAUUAGCUAUGCGCAGGCUCAAUGAUAGAAUAAAUCCAACUCCUAUAGAAGAAAUACGUAUAUCGGCUAACGCUUUAAGGAAUAUAUGCAGUGAGAGACCCUUGCCCCAAAUAAAAGUGUGGGAUAAAAACGGAAAUGAAUAUCCGCGCAGUUUACAAGAUUUAGAAACGGUGAAAUUAGUAAUAACUCAUCAACAUAACAUGUCAGAUAUGACUGAUGAGGAUGUCUUCGUUAUUACUUUUUAUCCUGUUGUUAACGCUAGAUAUCGAUACUAG